UAGACUAUAUACGCUUGAGAUGCUAAUGUCUUUCGUUUGUGGCUAUUCAUAUUUUUUUAUUAAAUAAUUUAGUUUAUAUAUAUUAUUUAAUAAUAUAAUAAUUCUGUUAAAUGUAUUUGUUAAAGAAUUUUGUUAUUUGAAUUCUUUGGUAGCUAUUACAGUAUAAAUAUAUCAUGAUGUAAGAUGUCCCAGCACGGUGCUGCGCUGCAAACAUAUAAUCAAGAAUUAGUAAAAUGUUUGGAAGAAAUGAAGUUGAGACGAGCAGAAUUACAAACACAAAUUGAAGCGCAAGAAGAAGAAAAAAACAAUCUGCAGAGAGAAAUAGAGAAAAUGUCGCAUAAACUUACAAGAUUAAAUGAUAGUCUUGCUAAAAGAGUAGCUGUUAGAAAUGAAUAUGAUAGAACUAUUGCAGAUACAGAAACAGCAUAUAUGAAAAUUUUAGAAAGUUCGCAAUUAUUACUUAAUAUGAUAAAGAGGGAAGCUACAAAUUUAGUGAAGGCCAGUAUGGAUAAGCAACAAUUUAGACAAUGAUGAAAUAAAAAUAUUAAUAAAUUUUUUAUAAUGUAUUUAUUAAAAUAUUCACAUUAUAUUAUCUAUUAAAGAAA